AUGGUUUCAGCGUGGAGCUCAGACGUGCCUGCUCGCAGUCAGUACUAUGUGACUGGGAACCUCACUCGAUCCAUCUACCGGGACGACUGCCGAUUCAAAGAUCCGACCACCGACGUGCGAGGGCUGAAGCGAUACAUCCUCGCCGUCCAGAACCUCUUCGCAGAUCCAAAGGACUCUAAAGUAACGCUCUACUCAGUCACUCCCAUUGAGGACAACAAGAUUCUCGCGAAAUGGAGCCUCCAGGGCUCCUUGAAAUUGCCGUGGAAGCCCUACAUCGAGCCAUAUGACGGAACUACGACAUAUUGGAUUGAUAAUGAAGGACUUAUCGAGUUUCACGACGAAACAUGGUUGGUCAGGGUCGAUUCAUGA